GGAAUUGCUCACCUGUUGGAUAAUCCAGGCAAGGCGUGACCUUCAGUAGUUUCGCGCGUUUUAGGUUUGGAACGGUGCGGUGAAUAAGUUAAACGGGGGAAACUUUACUUGAUCGAUUUCCCACUGGGGGUUUACUACUCGUCUCCCCAACCGCUUUUGAGCCCGAAGUUGGCGUAAAAUCUCGCGCUCUUUAUGGUAAAACCCAGGUGAAAUGGGGAGGCACAUUUACCUGCUUCCCCUUAACAAUUAUACGCAGUGAAGCCCCAUCAUUUAGGGCUGGAAAUAUUUAAAUAUUUAGGCUCGGGAAGCGAUCAAAUUGCGGAUAUUCCCGAGUGAAUGGUAAAUCCAGGAGGCACCUGCGAGGGGAAAUUGUAUGAAAAAUCCACAAAUUUCAAACAAGUUGAGUUCAAUGAACACUAGCUACUGAUCGAAUGCAAAACACAAUUUUUCGGGAAAAAUCGCUAAUUUUCUUGCAGAAACAACGCAGGGAGUUGGGCUUGAAGCGAUUUUGGUCGGCAGUCAAAACGUCUAACAGCAGCAGCUCGCAAGGUGAUUACGAAUCGCCUCCCGAUGACACCAAACUCGCCCCUAAUUGUUCACUGCCUCUAUUACAGGUAUGGCCGAGUUCCGAUUCGCCCAGGGGUGAAGCGGAUGGACAGAGUUUUGUGUUCCCUGAGUGUGCCGACAAUGUGUCCCAUCACUCGAUUUGUGUGGACAAUAUCUAUCAUACUGAUUCGGGCAUCGAAUCUACGCAAGUGUCGCCUCUUCCGCCUCCAGUUCCAGCCUCUCCCAGCACAUCGCCCACUCCCAGCGUUAGAAGGCCGAGCACUUCGCUCCUCCAUCCAGACCAUGCGCGCCUCUUCAGACUCUACCAAGUGCCCUCACCCGAGCAAACCUCUAUGGAGGACAUCUCGGAGCAGCCAAGCAACCACUUGACAUCGUUGUCAUCUUCAACCACCUCAUCGCUCACCUCAAUUGCUGCUGUUAGUGGAAUUAUGGCAUGUACUUCAGCUGCUAGUAACUCAUCAGACAGUCGUAGGCGAUCCUCCACCAUGACAGCCCGAUAUUCCCUAUUCGACGCCCUUGAUCUAGAAUACGCCCUACUUCGAGCGGCGGCCAGAGGCAGCGUAGGCCCUUAUUCCUUGAGUGAGAGUGUGCACAAGUUGACGUUUACUCAAAGUCUGGCAUUCCCUGCUUUAGCCAGAGGAUUGGCAGGAAAACGAAGACGAUCUCAACAAAGCGCCAACACGCGCCCUUUAGACAACACUGAAAAUGGAGUGAACGCUUUUGCCAAAGUGGUAACUGUGCUCGUGCUAGUGCUGGUUAGUGUACUGGUGUUCGCGGUAGUGUACAAAUUUGUGAGGACGUGAGGUUUGCUUCUUGCCCCAGGCGGGGCAAAAAACAACAGGUUUAUUAUCGGCCGGAACUCCAGCUUCAAAGCCACUUAGAUGGCGCUGUGCGACUUGGCACCAGCCACCAAUUUGUGAUAGUCUUAAAAGGAAUAUUAUUAAUUUGCUAGUUCUAUUAAACUUUAUUCGACUUACCGUAAUAUAUUCUGAAGUUUCUCUAUUU